AGUGCUCGGUGCGCGCGGCCGCCCCUGUGGAGCUGGUCCCUGGCGCGGAGCAGACGAGUCCUCCUCCUUCUCCUCCCGCUCCCCCGCCCCUUCUCCCCGCGCUUUGUUGGUGCCUCUCCCUGGAGAGCGGCGGCGGCUGCGGCCGGCGGCGAUGCCCGAGUUCCUGGCGGAUCCGUCGGUGCUGACCAAGGAGAAGCUGAAGAGCGAGCUGAUCGCUAACAAUGUGAGCCUCCCGGGCGGCGAGCAGCGCAAGGACGUGUACGUGCAGCUCUACCUGCAGCACCUCACCGCCCGCAACCCGCCCGCCCUCGCGCAGCCCGACUUUUCCAGCGACGAGGAGCGGGAGCCCACACCUCUCGGAGCCCGCAGCCGCGGCGCUGCCGCCGCCGGGCGGAAAGCUACAAAGAAAACUGACAAACCCAGACCAGAGGAGAAGGAUGACCUAGAUGUAACAGAGAUGAGUAAUGAAGACCUCCAAGAACAACUUAUGAAGUAUGGAGUAAAUCCUGGCCCGAUUGUAGCUACUACUAGGAAACUUUAUGAGAAAAAGCUUUUGAAACUGAUGGAACAAGGUCCUGACCUGAAGGGACCCGUGCCUCUCCCAGCGAUUUCAGCUACUGAGAACACCAAACAGAAUGGAAACAAUGAUUCUGACCAGUACAGCGACAAUGAAGAAGAUCCGAAGACUGAGCUGAGGCUUGAGAAGAGAGAACCUCUGAAAGCCAGGACGAAGACGACAGCAGCACUCAAACAAAAAAGAGUUGUUGAACACAACCAGACCUAUUCUCAAGAUGAAGUUACUGAGACUGUCUGGACAAGUGGAUCUUCAAAAAGUGGACCUCUGCAGGCAUUUUCUAGGGAGUCUACAAGAGUGUCAAGAAGAACACCAAGAAAAAGGGUGGAAGCUACAGCACAGUUGCCUGUAGAUGAUGCUGUAAUAUCAGAGAGUACUCCCAUAAAUGAAACUAUAUUGGCUGCAAGCAACGAGACCCUAGUUGGCAAUAGGGUGCCUGGAAAUUUCAAGCAUGCAGCUCCUACACUGUCAGUCAGUGAACUCUCAGACAUGCCCAGAAGAACACCAAAGAAACCACUGAUGACAGCUGAAGUGCUGGAGAGAACUACAGAAGAAAGAAGAAUAGAAAGGGAUAUUCUUAAAGAAAUGUUCCCUUAUGAAGUAUCAACACCUACAGGAAUUAGUGCUAGCUGCCGUAGACCAAUCAAAGGAGCUGCAAGCCGGCCUCUGGAGCACAGUGACUUCAUACUGGAGGAAAGUUACUCUAAGUAUGCACAAAAAUAUGGUACCUCGACUGACACCAAGUCGGAGAAACCAGCAGUAAAAAAACAGCGCCCCGUCCCCCUGUGGAUAAAAGUUUUUCUCUUUGUUGUUGUUUCAGUCUUCAUGUUUUUGGUUUAUCAGUCAAUGGAAACUAAUCAAGGAAAUCCUUUUUCUAAAUACAUGAAUAUUGUCACUCAGGGCAGUGCCAAAUGAAUAUCUUUCUGAAAGGCACACCCAAUUUGAUCUCCUGUUUUUUAAUUGUAGAGAACUCUCCUGCCCUCUCAUCGGCUCAAGGACUUCUUAUAAAUAAUGUGAUUGGAACCUGAUAAAUUGGAUAAAUGAAGAAAGAUAAUAUUAAAUGGACAUCGGUAACUUUCUGGACUUUGGACAAGUAGGAGAUCACUGCCAUAGGAGUAACAUUUUUUUAAAUCUUUGAACUUUUUUAGGCUUUAUUUUUUUAAUGUGGACAUCCUUUAAAUUCACUUUUGAGAAAAUGUAUAUUUGUUUUUGCAAGAACUUGGAAGCUGAGAAGGGCAAAAAUGUAGUAAAAUGUGAAGCUGUGUCUUUAAAACUUUUCAUUUGUACAGAAAAGAAGUUGUACUUCUGUCUCUAGAUUAUAGCGGAGAAGGAUUUUAAUAUGGGAUAAAGGGAAAUGCAUUUCAUUAUGCAUUUUUGCAGUAACAACACAACUGAAUUUGAGCUCUUAGGAUGUAGAGAGAGUACAACAGCAGCCUUUUCUGUAGAUUACUGUAACUUUAGUAAAUGUAACUGUAAACCUGUUUGCAUUUCUGUAAAAGUCUUAGUAUCAUAUUAGUAACUGUUUAAGUGUAACUUCAUUUAAAUGUAUCCCUUCAUUUUAGUGCUUACAGUGUUGUAGGAGUUGAAUACAAAUCAAAUUGGCAAGGGAUGUAUUAGAGGAACUUAUUUAUUAGUAAUAUGUGUGGGAAAUAAAAACUACAUCAUAACAAUUUGUUACUAAAAUACUUUUUUGGGUCAAGAUUGUUAUCUGAAGCAGUCUAAAUUCCAACCUUAGCAGUGGUCUUUUUUCUUUCUUAAAAAAGCGAGGUCUUUCCAACACAGCUUUAUGUGAUUAUCUUUAAAUAUUUGUGUAGAGAAGUAUUCUCAAAGUAUGAAAAUUCCAUAUGAAGUUUUAUUCUUGUAUGAAGAGGGCAUUGCUGCAUUUUCCGCUACAGUUUCAUCUUUUAAGGUGAGAUUUACUACUUUCAUGCCAUUGACUAUUUUUCUCAGUGGAAGCAUGCUGAAACACUCUCUAUUGUGUAACUUGGUUGAGCAGGCAGCUGACUUCACUACUACCAAUGAAGAGUGAUAAGCAAAAAUUUUUUUAAAGUGAAUGUAUACAUUUUUGGUGUGCUUAAAUCUGCAGCAUACAGAUGUUCAGUCUUAUUGCUUGGUACAAAAUUGCAAUAAAUCAUACUACUUAUUCUUAAAGUGCUACUUAUAAAAAGCUGAGAACAUUAGUUAAUAGUCAAUAUCUUUUUACUCUAGGUACAAUUAUUGUGUAGACUAUAGCUAUGGGGAAGCUUUACUUUGUGAACUUUGGGACAAACAUGGUAAUUUGUAGCAAAGCAAUAGUUUUGGGGUUUUUUUCCUGUUUAAUGGUUUUUUUCCUUCUAAACUGCUUUUUUGAGUAAUCCAAAUAGCUAAACCUGUGUCCAUCCUAUAGAGAAUUGUAACAUAAGACAUUCACUUUUGGUGUCAAAAAUGGAGAAAAAUAAAAAUGAUUUUAAUGUGUGUGGAUUUUCCUUAUCAAAAUAAAUGCAUUGCUGAAAGGCAGCAAAAGCAAGACAAA